CUAACCAUGUCACACAACUCCUUCCCAUGUAAAUAAAGUUUGGGUGAUUUUGAAUAACGGCGUGCCGGAAAAUGGUUUGUGUUUGUCGUAGUGUAAGUGGUCACCAUGACGAUGUAAUGGCAGCUAUGGAAGUAGGAGAGGAACGUGCUGCAGCUGAUGUGUUGCGAGCCUUGGCCCGACAUCUGAACUGUCUUAAUGAAGACAGCAAAAGCACGAGAAAAAGAGCCCUGGAGUCGAUUCGAAAGGAGACUUUUGGUAAAAGGCUGUCGAGUGUCGCGCUACAGGAGGUGUUCGCGUGUCUUCUGAAGUCACUCCUGAAAUGCCUGACAGACCCAAUGGAGAGAUGCCGGGAGGCUGCUGUGCAGAUGAUCGCAGACUUCAUUCGAAAUGUUCCGCAGCCAGAGGAAUCUUUGCCUUAUCUUAUACCCGCUCUUUCCCAGCGGCUGGGUGGGAAUGAAAUCUUAGAGCCGGCGGAAGAGCUUAGGCUGGUUAUGCUGGAGAUGCUUACCUUGGUGGUGGAAGUGUGUGGGAGUCGCCUCGCUCCUUACCUCGACGACAUGAUAAAAAUACUACAGCGAACAAUCGUCGACCCUUUUCCAGACGUAAAGAAGGAGAGCUGUAAAUGUACUGUGAAUUUCGCCAAAAGUGUACCGGAUCACUUCCACAUGCAGUCGGAAAGCCUGGUAAAGCCCCUGAUGCAGACCAUCUCUCACCAGCACUCCCGUGUGCGGGUGGCAGCCAUCGAGACCACGGGCGCCGUCGUUCAGUACGGGAAUGGCAAGACUGUGGACGACGUUCUCUCACACCUGGCCCAGAGGCUGUUCGAUGACUCCCCCCAGGUAUGGUGAGAAAAAAGCGUGACACUGGUGGUGGGACACUGGCUCCUGAACCUGCGUGACAGGUACUCUUACUUCCACAAGCUGAUUCCCCUCCUCCUGAGCAGCUUCAGCGACGAGAUCCCAGAGAUCAGGCUCUUGGCUGCUGACCUCUGGAGGCAGACCGGUGCCCUGUGGGAAAAGGAGAAUGAGGAGGACCUGAAGGACAAGCUGGACUUCCUGAGCCAGCACCCUGCACGCUACCCCGCUGGAGUGGAGAGGCCCGGUCUGGGCUGCCGGGAGCUGGUGGUGAGGAAUUUGUCCAAGCUGCUGCCGGCGGUCAGCCGGGACGUGACGGACUGGCUGGCGGCCACGCGGCUGAAGACUGCGCAGCUGCUUGCCGUGCUGCUGUUGCACGCCGAGGACCACAGCACGCAGCACUUGCAUCUGCUGUUGUCCACACUGUACCAUGCCUGCACAGACGCAGAGGAGGCAGUGGUCCGGAGCUGUCUGGAAUCGGCACAACUGAUCGGGACCUUUGUGGAUCCAGAGGUCUUCCUCAAGUUACUGCUGAGCCGUGUGGAGACCCCGCACUCCUCCUCCCUGUGCUCGGGGCCGCUGAUGGUGCUGGCGGCAGCUCUGAGGGGCUGCUCCAGAGAGGCCCUGCGGCCACACCUGCCCCGUAUCGGGGCCGUCCUCGCACACCCUGAUGUCUGUCAGGAGUCUCAGCAGCUUGGGUACUUGCGUCAGCUGCUUGCCUGCGUCACGGCCUUACUGAGCACGUGCGACGGGGACUGCGGCAUCAUCAGCCUGCAGCUGCUGCAGGUGCUGGUUUCCGUGCAGAGCCUGACGGCCAAUCCGGAGCUGUGCGGUGAGGCCCAGCAGAGCAUACGCAGCCUGUGCCAAGCACAGGCCCUGUCGAGCCCCGUGGAGUUGUACCGACGGCACAUGGCGGCCCUCCUCGAUGGCCUGUCCCGCAGCCAGCCCUCCUGGACGCGCCACUCCACUCAGAGACUGCAGCUGGAGGUCAUCGCCAUGCAGUCAGGCCCGGUGGUUGGUGAGUUCCUCCCCCAGCUCUUGCCUGUCCUGCACGACAGUCUGCAGCCCAGCAGAGACCCUGAGAUGAGGCUACAAAUCUUCAUCCUGCUGUCCAAACUGCUGCUGGAUGCGAGCAACACGCUGGACUCUCAGGGGCAGCUCUCUGAGCACCUGGAGCCCUUCCUGCUGGAUGUACUGCUGCCCAACCUGGUGUGGCAUGCGGGCCGAGUGCCAGCCGCCAUUCGCAGUGCCGCCCUCACCUGCCUGCUGGCCCUGCUCCGGGGAGGGGCGCUGACCUGGCACCAGCUAUCCGGUGUACAGGACAGGCUGAUGCCCCACAUCCUGGCCGCCCUGGACGAGGACUCCCAACUGUCUCGGCUGAUGGCCUGCCGCUCCAUCUGCACCCUGUUGACGCUUGCUGGGAAGCAGCUCCACCCAGACACCCUCAACAAGAUCUACCCCGAGCUGCUGAAGCGCCUGGACGACAACAGCGAGGAGGUGCGUGCCGAGGCGCUUGGGGCCCUGGGCCGCUGGCUGUCCUGCCUGGGGAGGGAGUACAAUCCCCAGGCCUUCCAGCCUCACCUAGAGCUGCUAUUCCAGCAGCUGCUGCUCCAUUUGGACGACCCAGAUGGCGCCGUGCAGGAUGCAGUCCUGGAGGUACUGAAGUCUGCUAGCACCAUCCACCCAGCGCUCCUGCGUCAGAAUGCGGAGGCUGUGCGGGACAAACACCGCAAUCCGAGCCACUGCGACCGGCUGCUUCAGCACAUCCGCUCGGCCCCCGCAGGACUCCGCAUAGCUCUCCAUCCGGGGAGUACGAAGACGCCCCAGCCCCCCGAAUACUUGCUCCGAAACGCGCACCCCGGGCAACACGACACGCGGGCCGAGUGUACACAUCCAAACGCCUUCCCAUAUAGACAUUAUACUGAUGAUAUAUUUUUUAUUACACACAGUAAGCUGACGGGAGCCUGACAAUCGGGCAUCCACACGAACUGCAAGAGAACCUCGCCUAUGUCCACAAGUAUCACACUUCUGUUUUUUUCCAAUACAGAAAAUAAAGGAUUUCUGUGUUAUUUUGAAUAUGUAAUUUUUUAAAAUAUUAAAAAGAAUGCACAUAAA